AUGUCAGUGGAUGCGCUCCGGAGGGAGCUUGUGAAGGAGAGCAUUAUCCAGGAGAUCAUCGCCGCUGAGCUGGCAGAGCAGCGGGGGUUAGAGUCCGAGGUCCAGUGCGAGCUCGGGUUGGAGCACGCCGGUCCCCUGUCCCUGUGCGCCCCUGCCGGGCUCCAGCUGACCACGUUGCCCCACCAUGAUACAUCCCCUGUGCGGCAAGAGGGUCUGCUCCACUUCCACAUGCCCGGAGGUAUGCCGGUUCCCAGACGCUCUGUUAAAGAUCGAAUUGAUGAAUGGUAUCGGCCUCCAUGGCAUCGACUAUCAGCAAACGAGGAUGCAUUGAUUGAAUGGGCUAGGCUUCCUAAAAAGACAUUUUCUGGGGUGAAGAGGAAAAGGACUGAUGAAACUUCAGAAGCAAACAACAAAAGAUCGUCUGAGAAAUGGAUUUGUGAUCUCUGCCACGUGAAUACAUCUGGUGAAAUCUCUUUUGUGGAACAUUGUGCUGGCUACCUGCACCUGUCAAAUGUAGCAGACAUGAAAUGGGCUAUGGAAACUGAUGAGCCGACAAUGAUAGCAACAGCAGAGUUGUACCGCGGCAUGCAUCACAAUCCUACUGCAUGGAAUUGCAGCAUUUGCCAAGUUAAGUGUUCAGGCGAGUUGGACCUAAAGAAUCACUUGAAUGGCAGGAGGCACCAAGAGAACUUAGGAGCUCUAUGGAGAGAGAGCGAGGAAAAUGAAGGGGAGAGUGGAUCCCAGGAGGCUAACCUUUAUGAAAAAAAAGAGCCACAGCUCGUUGACAUCAACCAAAGGCCCACCUCAGGAUGGACUUGUAGCAUCUGCCAGGCUAACUGUACAUCUGAGUCUGACUUGGAGAACCACCUCCGAGGUAGAAGGCACAGGCAGAAUGUAAAAUCCCAAUUGGUAGAAGGCAACGGCGCAACAGUUGCCACCCAUCUUGGUGGAAAGAAAUAG